AUGAAAGCAUUACAUGUUUAUCAAGAAAGCAUCACAUUACAUGACUCGAGAAUAAGUUGGCUCAUAACUAAAACUCCGAGAACUGUAACACAUGUUAGUCCUAACGGUUCUACUGAGUGGUUUCCUUAUUGUGAAGAUGAUAAGAAGCCAUUUGUUAGUUUGAUUUUUGAAAAUUUAGAAAAAGCAUCUGAUAUUUAUACUAGGGAGGGAUUUAUGGUAUCUAGAGUUAAGAAAAAUAAGGGUGAUGUUGUACGGUAUAAGAGAUCAACCAAAACAGUUGGUUGUAAGGCGAACUUGAUAUUGAAAAUUGAUAAAAAGAAAGGAAUGCAUUUUGUUUUCAAGUUUGUUGAGGGGCAUAGACUAGUUAAAUCAUUUAGACUUUUCAAGGAAAAUGUAGGGAGUUAUGAAAAUGUGGGAGCUACUAUGCAAGAUUUCAAAAAUUUUCAUAGAGAUUUCAAAAAUUACAUCAAAGGUGAUGACGAAAAGAUAUUGAUUGAGAAUUUCAUUAAGAAAAGAGAUAUUUUCCUGGGGUUUUAUUUUGACUAUGCACUAGAUGAGGAUAACCACACUUCACUUCUUUUUUGGGCAGGUACAAUAAGCAGGAAGAAUUACGCCCUAUUUGGAGAGAUGGUCACCUUUGAUUGUACUUAUGAUAAUAAUAAAUGUAGUAUGGUUUUAGCUCCUUUUACCGGUGUAGAUCAAUAUAGGUCUUGCAUUACAUUUGGUGUUGGUUUGUUGGCUAAAGAGGAUACUGAGUCAUUUGAGUGGUUGUUUAUGACUUUUUCAUACUGUAUGGGGGAUUGUAUGCCUACUUAUUUGAUAAAUGAUCAAGACUCAUCAAUGAAAAUUCCAAUUAAGAAUGUUUUUCCAAAUACAAUACGUAAACUUUGUAUGUGGCACAUAAUGAGCAAAGUCGCAGACAAAGUAGGACCUGAAUUAAACAAAGAUGAGUUUUUUUUGAAAGAAUUAAAUAGUUGUGUGUGGAAUGUUGAACAAGAAGAAAGUGAGUUUGAGGAGAAAUGGGAGGCAAUCAUGAUAAAGUAUAAUCUUCUUGAGGAUAAAUGGUUUUGUAACUUGUUUAGCAUACGAGACCAAUGGAUACCGGCAUAUUUUAAGGACAUCACAUUGGAAGUGAUUUCGAGAACUACAUCUAGAUCAGAGAGCAUUAACAAUUUUUUUAACAAUUUUUCAAACCCACACAUGACGCUAGUUGAGUUUUACAUGAGCUAUGAAAGUGCAAUGGAUGCCCAAAGAUAUAACCAAUAA